AUGCAGAAAACGGAACUGGCUUCAACCUCAGGUUCGAUCCCGGCACCGGCAAUACUUAUACGAACGGAUACGCACCAUACGCACCAUUUAACUUCUUCAAUCGCAUUUUCAUUCAUACUGAAACGACACCUGCUGAUAGCAUUGCUAUUGAUGUUUACAACACUUUCCGCAUAUUCUGCUGUUAUUAAAUCAGGAUGCCGAAAACACGGUACACAAUACGUUAUCGAUGAACCGGGAUGUGAUUUAGUGGCGGUAAAUGUGAAUAUGUGCUCCGGUUACUGCAUGUCUUUUUCAUUCGUUAAUCCGGAAGAAAAUUCAAUUACAGUGCAUGGAAGAUGUUGCAGGAUGGUCGAUAAUGAAUGGGUAAAAGCAAAGGUAGCAUGUGAAGGUGGCGAUCGGAUUAUGAGAAUUCCUAGCGCAACUGAAUGCAGAUGUUUCGAUUGCGCUUGA